AUGGCACGGCGUCCCUCGCACCAACGCGAGGACUCGUCCUCCAACAAUGACCAUCGGCCGGCACAGCCAAGCUCCUUGCGGCAGAGUCACGCAGCGUCGAGUCGAGAGAGCAGUCAGGACAGUGGCCCUGCAUUUAGACAUGCCGUCCGUUCUCCAAAUGUAGAUGAUGGUGUCCAGACAGACCAGGCAGAGGUCGACGAGUCCACGCCUUUGAUCCCCUCCGACAACACGAGCCAGAGACGAUCGAGCGCCGUCCAUCCUGGAGUCUGCGAACAUGGCACUUUUAGCCCCCGACCCAUGACCCCGGCCGAAGAUUUCCCCUUUACCAGAGACGACACCGUGACUCCGGGAUCUGGCGGCCUGUUUGACAAUUCUUCCUCUCAGGUGUCGAUCGAUGAUGGUUGGAAGAAGUGGUUCAGUGGGAGAAUCCGAACCAAGAAGAUGGGCCAGAGUAGAGAGCUUGCUCACCAGGCUGGGUUCCGAGAUACGCCCCUAAUGUACCUCUCCUACUAUAUUCCUUGCUUAAAUUGGAUGCAGCAGUACAAAUGGGCCUACCUCAAAGGUGAUGUUGUGUCUGCAAUCACCAUCGCAUCCUUCUACCUACCCAUGGCUCUUUCGCUGGCCUCCAACCUCGCGCACGUGCCUCCGAUUCACGGGCUGUAUGGUUUCGUUUUCCAACCCUUUAUAUAUGCAUUGUUGGGCUCGUCGUCACAAAUGGUUGUUGGUCCUGAGGCUGCCGGGUCUCUGUUAGUGGGCACAGUGGUACAGCAAAGCGUGGACAGCGGUAAUUCGAGUGAGGAUAACGACCUCCUUCAUGCGCAGAUAUGUGGUGUUGUGGCUGGUAUGGCCGGAGCGACCGUCUUGAUUGCAGGAAUAGCACGGUUGGGUUUCUUGGACAGCGUGUUGAGCCGUCCGUUCCUGAGGGGGUUUAUCAGCGCCAUCGGUUUCGUCAUUGCCGUGGACCAGUUGAUUCCGGAACUGGGCUUGAGUGAACUUGCGAGCCGGGAAGGGGCAAGCCAUGGCAGCACGGUUGAAAAGAUUGCUUUCAUCGUGGAAAAUGUCGGCGAAGUCCACCACUUGACAUUUGCCGUUGCUGGCAUCAGUUUCCUGGUCAUCAUGAUUGGCCGUGAGCUGAAAAAGCGACUUGAGCCGAAAUUCCCUUCUGUCGUAUUUGUUCCGGACCGUUUCUUGGUAGUUGUCGUUUCUGCCAUUCUAUGCUGGCAUUUCCGCUGGGACAAGCAAGGCGUUGAGGUCCUCGGCAGCGUUAAGGCGGCCACGGGCGGCCUCUUCACAUUUAGAUGGCCAUUUAGCUUAGCUCACAUGAAGCACAUUCGCAGUGCCAUGUCGACAAGCUUUCUCAUUGCGUUACUCGGGUUUUUCGAGUCCUCUGUCGCUGCAAAGAGCCUAGGCGGUAACGACGCCAUUCAGGGUAUCGAAUUGAGUGCGAACCGUGAAAUGAUUGCACUCGGCACAGCCAACCUCGUAGGCGCGUGUUUUAUGAGCUUACCCGCCUUUGGAGGUUACGGUAGAAGCAAGGUCAACAAGACGACUGGUGGCAAGAGUCCAGUGAGCUCGAUUGUGCUGAGUCUGAUAUCGCUCUUGUCCAUAUUGUUCUUGCUGCCGUAUUUUUACUUUUUGCCUAAACCUGUCCUCUGUUCCAUGAUUUCCGUCGUGGCUUAUUCGCUGAUAGAGGAAGCGCCACACGACAUUGCGUUUUUCAUCACAAUUCGGGGUUGGACCGAACUUGGUCUCAUGGCCGUCAUCUUCUUGGCCACAAUUUUCUACUCUUUGACGCUCGGCAUGGCACUGGGGGUUGGCAUCUCCAUGCUUCUCGUCAUCAAGCACAGCACGCGCCCUAGAAUUCAGAUUUUAGGUCGCAUUCCGGGGACGAACCGAUUCGAAAAUGCUGAGUCGGGGGAGUCGAGUCUAGAAUUCAUUGAAGGGUGCCUGAUUGUUAAAAUUCCGGAGCCUCUUACCUUUGCCAACACUGGAGAACUAAAAGCACGAUUGCGGCGGCUGGAGUUGUAUGGAACAUCGGCAGCACACCCCGCCCUACCUCGCCUUCGGAGCCAAGAGUCGAACCGAAACAUUAUCUUUGACAUUCACGGCGUGACGUCGAUGGACGGCUCCGGCACGCAGGUCCUGGAAGAAAUCGUGCGUAGCUACAAAGACCGUGGUGUUCGAAUCUUCUUCUCGCGAGGCCCUUCACGAAGAGAUCACCCUGUGUGGGUGCUGAUGGAGCGAAGCGGCAUUGUGGCAUUAAGCGGAGGCGCAACACACUUUGUGAAUGAUGUGGAAGAAGCGCUGCGGUGGACAGAGUAUGAGGAGAGCAUUGGUCUUGACAGCGGUGGCAGUGGUUAA